AUGACGGCCCAGCUCGCACUGAACUUCCCCGACCCGAGCAUCCUGCAAGACUCCAACGGGAUCUGGUACGCCUUCGCGACGAACGGCAACGGAAAGCACGUGCAGGCGGCAUGGGCGCGGGACCCGCUCGGGCCGUGGAUGUACUACGACCGGGACGUGCUCCCGGACACCGGGUGGGCGACGGGACGGGAGACAUGGGCGCCCGACGUGCGGCGGGCGGUGGACGGGGAGUACGUGCUCUACUUCGCGGGCGAGGUGCCGGGGCAGCAAGGGAGGCACUGCAUCGGCGUGGCGACGUCGAGGCCGGAGCGGGGGAUCCUGGGCCCGUAUACGCCGCAGAUGCAGCCGUGGGUGUGUCCCCUGGACCAAGGGGGCGCGAUCGAUGCUUCUGGCUUCGUGGACCCGGCGACGGGGAGGCGGUACGUGGUGUACAAGAUCGAGGGGUACUCUGACUGGGCGUGCAACGGCAACAACAGUAGGCCCGGGCCCGAGGGGGGGUGGGCGUCGACGCCUAUUAUGCUGCAGGAGGUCGGGGCGGACGGGUACAGCAAGAUCGGGCAGGCGACGACGAUACUAGACCGGGUGGAGGCGGAUGGGCCGCUCGUGGAGGCGCCGAACCUGGUGCGCACGAACGAUGGGGUGUAUGUGCUGUUUUACAGCAGCAACUGUUUCAAUUCGCGGCGCUACAACGUCAACUAUGCCACGAGCAGCCGGGAUGUCAGGGGGCCUUAUGUGAGGGCGGAGGGCCCGCUCUUGCAGACGGGGAGCUUUGGGCUGGUGAGCCCCGGUGGGGGGACGAGUGUGGCGGGCGGGCCAGAGGUGUUGGUGUUCCAUGCAUAUUGUCCCCAGGGACGGUGCCUGCAUGCCACGCGGUACUCGUCUGGCGGGAGUAGGAUGCGUAUUCUGGGAUGA